AUGUUGAUCAUCCUCCUUCCGGUGCUGCUCGCUCUAUACACCCCAAUCGACGCUCAUUCUUGGGUGGAACAGCUCACAGUCAUUGCCCCAAAUGGAACUUUCGUCGGCGAACCAGGCUACGCCCGUGGGAAUUACGAACGAUUAGCAGGCCGCAGCAUCGACCAACAGAUGACCAAUUUGAUCCCGCCCCUCGGACGAGCCGUCGUGACCCAGGCCUCACCCACCGACUAUCUAUGCAAGGAAAGCCAGCGGACCCCAACCCAGCUAGAGGGGGCCCGUCUCAAAGCAAGCCCCGGUGCGGCAAUUGCCCUGCGCUACCAAGAGAACGGCCAUGUGACCCUGCCCGCGAACCAAGCCGGCAAGCCCGCGAAUCGAGGAACUGUCUAUGUGUACGGCACCACCGACCCCAAGAAAGACGAGAAGCUGCUUGAUGUCCACAAGGUCUGGACCGCCGAUGGCAAAGGCGGCGAUGGACGGGGUGUGCUGCUAGCCGUGCAGAAUUUCGACGACGGUCGUUGCUACCAGAUCAACAGCGGGAAAAUAUCCGAGGACCGACAAGCCAAAUUCCCGCACACCGCCAUCGAGCUGAUGGGAGCGGAUCUCUGGUGUCAGUCGGAUAUCAAGCUGCCCGCUAAUGUCCCCGUUGGGAAGCCAUACACGCUCUAUUGGGUGUGGGACUGGCCCACCCUUCCCGGUGCCGACCCUACCUAUCCAAAGGGAAAAGCUGAGAUCUACACCACGUGUAUGGAUGUGGAUGUGGUGGCCAAGUCCAACAGCAAACUGGCGAUCAAGGAUGGAUUCGUCAAUGGCCAGGAUCUCAAUAAGGCUGCUAUUCCCGGAGUGUUCAAUACGCUUGGCAAGGCACAGUCUUUGCCACCUCCAACCACUUUUCUCACGUCGAUUGCUCCGGCUGCUGAGGCUUCUGCGACAGGGGUGGAACGUCAAACGCUCACUGUGACAGACUGGGUGACCAGCACGAGCACGAUAUUUAUGGAGAGAAGUCAGCCCACGUCAAUGGGUUGA